AUGGAAAUUGAAAAACAACAAAAAAUACAGUGCGAGAUGAAAACUGAUCUUAACUUACUACUUGAAUGUCUGAAGUAUCAAAUGAACCAUCCUACUUCUCAAAAGGAAGCCUUGCUUACCAUUUAUUCAGCUUGCCAGCAAAACAGUCAUGCAAGUGAUUAUUUUCGAGAAAUAGGUGGUUUCCUUUUUGUACAAGGCCUAGCAAAAUCAAGUGUCCACAGCAUGGUAAAGGAAGCUGCAUUAUUUACAUUAGGAGGCUUAGCUGAGACAAAUGUAUUUUCCCAACAGAUGUUAUGUACUUCAGGACUAUUUGAAGACCUUCAUAAGAUUUUGACUAACAAGGAUACAAGUGUAAAUUUGAAGAGAAUGUCUGUUUAUGUCUUAUUAGUGCUGGUUUCAAACAACAAGAGUGGACAAACACAUGUGAGGGAAUCUGGCUGCCUAGAUGUUCUGUUGCGAUUAUUUAGAACAAUUAUUUCAGUGUCCCAGGGAAAUCUUUUGGAUCAAAAUAUUAGUCAGUAUCAGCUGUGGUCUUCAGUGUGCAGUGCUCUCUGUGCUUGUGUCAAUAACCCUCAAAAUGAGGACAACCAGAGAACCUGCAGUUUGGUUUUUUCACAUGCAAAAGACUUGCUACAAAGCUCUAUAAAGCCUGAGAUAGUGCGUCCAAUAUGCUCAUUCAUUGGGCUCACAGUUGCAAACAACUCAAAAAUACAGUGUGUUUUUGUUUCUAUUGGUGGAUUGGCUGUGUUGGAUGAGCUUCUGGCCAAGCUGACACAUAAUUCUCUUGUGAACUCUGCAAACACAAAACUUGCUGUAGUGGUGACCAAAACUUUGGAUGCCUGUAUUGCUGAUAACUCUACAAUUGGAGUCAGCUUGCCAAAGUACAGUAUCAUGCCAAAUCUUCUGACUCUGCUUUCUAACAACUUUCUGGAUCCAGGAGAACAAUUCAGUAUUAUACUUACCCUUGGACAUUGUACAGAAAGCUGUGAAGAAAACCAGUAUACUCUGGUGAAGAACAAUGGCCUUGCAGUUAUGAUUCAAGCACUAACUGAAUCACAGGAUGAAGAACUACAUAAGGCUGCAACUUUUGUGCUACAAAAUUGCAAACAGGCCAUGGAGAAAUUGUCAUGGCAGUUGAGUGAGCAUCCAGCAAAAGUGGAUGAUAACAUGGGACAAUUGGAGGUAGAUAGGCAGAACAAAGAAAGAAAUCUUGAAGACCACUGGAAGAGAGCAAAAGAAAUUUUACAUAGAAUUGAAAGGCUUGAAAAGGAGGAAAAAAGGGAAAAGCAAAUAAAUGAUGGCAGUAUUCCUCAAGAAAUCAUCCCACAGACGGCAUCAAAUCACCUUAAAGCAAGUACAAACAAGGAACAAUUUAAUAAAAGCAUGACAUCUACAAAAGUGGAACAACUACUGAAUUCUGCGUCUGCUCAGCUAAUGGCUGCAAAAUUUGUAAAUCCUCCUUCUUCUAAGAAUGAAUUACUAAAGCUUGCCAAAAGAAGUUGGACCGAUGCUCCAAUUAGUCAAAAUGAAUGUCAUAACCACCAUCAUUCCCCAAAUAAAGUUGGCACAGAGAAUAUAAACAAAGUCCAUGUGAGAAGUAGAAACGCUAUUUGUGAAUCCUGUAAAUCUGCUGUUCAGGCAAGAGAAUUCUUGUUUGAGCAACCAGAUGUUGUAAUUCCACGCAAACCUCAACAAGAACAAAAUACAGGUUGUCGAACGACAGGACUUUCCUUAAAUAGCAGAAAUUUUAGUAAGAUUUUGCAGACUUGUCAAUAUCUAUGUGAGAAACACAGACUUAUUCUACAGACUGAAAUGAAAUAUAAAAGGAUGCUUAAAAGAUCUAUUAUUUUCCACAGAAAUACAUCUCUGAACUAUAAUGAAAAUCCUCAAACCAAACAGGAUGCAUGCUGCAAAAAACAAACCGUCAGCGCAAAAUAUAGCUUUAAAGGCCAGGAUCAGAAUGAAAAAGAUACUUACUUAUUAGAAGAUGAGAACACUGAAGUUCCUCUAUCAGGUGUAUUGGCAAGAGCUUUUAAAAAAGUCAAACGGAGAACCAGGAAAGAUUUUACAUCAGAAGAAAUAAUGUACCUUCUCAAUGGCGUAAAGAAAAUGGGACAUCACUGGAAUGCCAUUUUGUGGGCAUACCCAUUUCAAAAUGGAAGGACCAAUGUUGAUCUGGCGAAGAAAUACUUCAAAUUGCAGAAGAAUGACAACCAAAAAAUAUGCAACAUCAAAAGAAUGCUGUCAGACAAAUAG